AUGCCACCCAAGCAAUCGAAUAUACAUCAUGUAACAUUCCAUUUCAACAAAUCAGCCGUACUGCUAUCCGUAGCUUCUAGUACCUCGAUAUCAUCGUUAAAAACCCAAUUGUUACCCGCGCUCAAACCAUUAUCUUCGACACUAUCCUCACUUCCUACUUCAGCGUCAGAUAUCCAAUUGUGGGAAACCAAAUCACUGGUGGAAGGCGAUGAAUCUUCUUCCCCGGAUGGAGUAAGGAAUCUGGAAGGAGAUGGAAUAGGCUCAAAGACUAUCGCUCAAUUGAGUUGGGGAAGAUGGAAGACUCUGUUUGUUAGCUUCAGAAACACCGAUGGAACAUUCUCAGAACCAGUGUAUACUAUACCCGACGUAGAAGAUGAAGAACCAGAUGAACCAGAGUCAUAG